AUGCCAGCGUUGUCGUUUCACCUUGCCAACGAGGGUAAUUGCAACAAUGACUAUGCUCCAGUUUGCGGCUCCAACAAUCAAAACUACCAGAAUGAGUGUUUUCUGCGUAGAGAUGCCUGCAAGCAGCAGUCUGAAGUACUUAUUCUGUCGGAGGGUGCUUGUCCUGUGGAUGCUGGAUCUGGAUCCGGAGACGAUGGAGGAGAGGGCUCGGCUGAAGCGGGCCAGAAGGAAACAUCCACCUGCGACAUUUGCCAGUUUGGGGCUGAGUGUGACGUGGACGCAGAGGAUGUUUGGUGCGUUUGCAACAUUGACUGUUCCCACAUCAGCUUCAAUCCAGUGUGUGCCUCCGAUGGCCGUUCCUAUGACAACCCCUGCCAGGUGAAGGAGGCCUCCUGUCAGAAGCAAGAGCGCAUUGAGGUCAAACACCUGGGCCACUGCCAAGAUGGAAACAAAGGUGGAGGUGGACAUUUCACUCCCACUGACAUCACUGGAAACGGACAGGCAGAUGGCCUGUACACCCCCUGUCCAGAUCUCUACAAGAAUUAUUGUGUACAUGGAGAGUGUCAGUUUCCCAGCAUACCUGCUCAGCCCUCAUGCAGUUGCCACUCAGGUUUCAGCGGACCCCAGUGUGACACCAAAGAGUACAACGUGCUCUACGUGGUCCCGGGCUCUGGCAAACUGCACUACGUUCUCAUCGCCUCCAUCAUCGGAGCACUGCAGGUGGUCAUCAUCUGUGUGGUGGUGCUCUGCAUUACAAGAAAGUGCCCUCGCUCCAACAGGAUUAACCGGCAGAAGCAAAACAAUGUCCACUUCAGUUCCGAGAACACCAUGCGCGCCUCCACUCGACUUAUCUGAGCUCGGCGGACAGAAUAGCCGUCCAUUUUAUGGAAGGCUCGUCUUCUUAAAUGUCCCCCUCUCCUCCACACUUUGUAGAGCAACCCCCCCCCAAAAAAUGUAGGAUCUGCUUCCCCUUUGUGGCUGGGGCUUCGUUCUCUCUCUGCCGGUCUGAACUUCCAAGAAUCCCGACGGAGCAAAGGCAGAGGCGGCACCCCAGUAACUGUGAGAGUUUACGCACGGAGAAUGUGGACAGCGUCACUUUAAAGGUCUUUCUGUAGAACACCAUGUGAACACAGGGUGAAUUGGUGAGUUGGGGGAGGGGGAGCAGGGGGGUGCUUUGAGAAUACCGAAUGUGAGUAUGUAUGUGUGAGUGUAUAUUAGAUGUGCGAGUUUUGGUAGAUGCGGGUUAGCCAGUGUCUGUCAUUUGUAGGCGAGGGGGCAGAGCAAAUCGGGGGUAGUGCAAAGCAGGGUAAGGAGGCUUUAAUUGAGACUUUUCUUUGUUACCGUUGGGGAGGCAGGGGUGGGGGGGAUUUCGGGGG